UUUGACUUGUGACAAGUAGAUGAUGCAGCAAUAAAACAUGUUACGGAUAGCCAUAACCCUAAUUAUAUGAAAUUCAUUUAGCUGAGAAGAGUAAAAAGAAAGUCAACUACGCUACAUGCACGAACACUGUGAUAAGAGGGAGUUGUUAAAAUAGUAGUUCUAUAAAGCAUGUGAACACAAAACGAAUACUAACCAUUGAGAGGCAUUCGUGACCUGGGUACAAAACAUAUUGCACCGUCCGUUUUGCGCGACGAUACUUAACAUGGAUAAGCACGCGGUGUACGGUCUCCGGGACGCUGGGCGGUGUUGGUGGUCUGUUGGAGCCGCCUUUAUGACACACCUGUUUACUCAUGGUGUCGUGUACUCGUACGGCCUCCUCUUCCGGCGAUUAGAAGCGGACUUCAUGGUAUCCAAGGCGGCGACCUCCUGGAUAUCCUCGACAACGACCGGUUGUCUCUACCUAGCAGGUCCGCUGGCGAGCGCCUUGUCACUGCGGCUUGGUAACCGGAAGGUAGCGAUCCUGGGUGCCAUUCUGUCGUCCGCAGGCUGUUUCGUCACCGUCUUUGUGAGAGACAUUCGCCUUCUGUAUGUCACUCUGGGAGUUACAACCGGAGUUGGGUACGGACUAAUUUACAUCCCAGCGGUGGUGGAGGUGACGUUGAACUUUGAGCGGCACCGGGCCGUCGCCUGUGGGGUGGCAUUGGCUGGUGCAGGCGGAGGGGCUUUCGUCAUGGGACCAGUAUUAGAGGCUUCACUGGAACACUACGGCUGGCGCGGUAGCACGCUGUUACUGUCGGGGCUGCUGCUUAACUGCAUCCCAUGCGCGCUUGCAUUUAGAGACAUGCCCCUUUUGGAGCGACUUGCACCGCGUAGGGUUUUCGAACAAGAGAUUGAGGUUGUCCAUGGUGAAACAGGAAUGAAACACAUCCAGUUAUAUACUAACGAUAAAGGUGAUCCUAAAGAGUCUUCUGCUGUUGACACUGCUCAGUUAUAUACGGACGAUAAAAGUGACGCCCCGGAAUGUGCUGUUGGUGAUAUUGCGUUUGAGAUCAAAGCUGAAAAGGAAGACAUGUUGCCAAAAGCAAAUGGCAACUUGCAAGACAUCGUAGCGGAAAACAGAUCAUGGCAUUUGAUAUUCAGAAUAUUUGACUUGCUAAGAAAACCAUCGCUGGCGAUAUGGUAUUCUGUUCAGAUGGCAAUUUUAUUCGGAUUUUACUCUCCAUUUAUGCUUUUGCCAUCAAAAGCAAUCGCUGACGGACUGAGCGGAUGGCAGGCAGCCUGGGUGAUAUCGGCCAUGGGACUGUCUACCGUGGUUGGGCGAGUGGUGUUGGGCUUUCUCGCAGACACUCUGCAUAACUGGAGAAUUUUUAUCUACAAAACUGCUGUUGUGUUGACUGGCGUUGAUAUAAUGAUGUUUGCCUUCACUAAGUCAUUCCCAUCGAUGAUAACAUGUGCCGUUUUCUAUGGGUUCACAACAGCGGUUUUGAUGUCGCAAAACUCUGUCGUAUUGGCGGAAGUGGCCGGACUUGACCGAGUGUCGGAAUCGAUGGGUCUCAACAACAUGUUCUCCGGCAUAGGCUGUCUCCUCGGCAUACCAAUAACAGGUUUCUUAUUUGACGUGACCGGAGAUUAUUUGGUGCCGUUUAUAUUAUCGGGGGCAGUUGUGGCGGGAGGAGGUCUUCUCCUCUGUGUAGCUCUACGCCCUACCCACCGACAAACGAAACCAUAAUGGCUGCGUAUAAUAACCGCGUAGUUGUAAUUGUAAUGGCACAUCUGCAGACAAACGACAUAAGGCAGUUUGAUGAAGAUGUGCUAUGAAAGGGAUUAUUUUAUGUUUAUGAUUAUUUUGUGAAUGCACUCUUUAUUGAAAAAUCGAAAUGAAGUGUAGCAAAUCAUUUGAAGUGUAUAACUCAAAGUUCUGCUCUAUAUAUGCUCAAAUAUUGUCUUUAAAGUCCAUGAUUUUGAAAAGCGUUAGUUUAUCGAUUCAGAACAAGGGUGUAGCGUGAUUGUUUGACUGAUAUAAAGUAUCACGUACUGCUACCAAUGUGUUCUAUAAAGGCAAAUAUCCGUCGGUUUAUGUACAAGGGCGAGCUAGGCGGAUAUGAUCUCACUUUUCUAAUUAUUAUUUUUGGCUGUUUCGGCGUGGGUUCGCAUCCCCUACAUUCGUUUUCUUUGCACUUUAACUGUGUUUUUUUCAGUAAUUUUGGUAUCGAAGAGUAAAAUAAUUAUAAUAUAAGUGAUUUCAGGAAAUCAAAACAUGAGCCAGUUCUUUUAACAGAUAAAGAAAUCCGGGAAGAAACACGACAAACAAAUGCUUAUAACUUAUGUUGCAAAGCAUGCUAUUUUUAAGCAAUAAGGCUCAUGCCAAGCGGUUUGUUAACUUCAUAUCAUGAAUAGAAGCCUUGCAUUGAUAUCAUAGGGUUUUAUGAUAGGACGCUUUUAUGAUAGGACAUGUUUACUCACCGAACGAGACGUGAUGCAGGUCACCAGAAAAGCGUUUUAUCGUAAUAUUCCAUUUAUUAUAUACCUGCCUUAUUACUUAUUCCUUUUUAUUUUUCGGUUUCAAUUUGAUUUAAUAUAACGCCAUCUAUCAACUGCGCGUAUGAAUUCGAAUAUGUGUCACGUAGAUUUGUGUAAUGAAGUCAAGGGAGGCUACUACAGCGAAACGAAGUCAGAAGUAACAGAAUUCACUUUAUUGAGCAAAAUAAAAACAAAAUGUAGACCAAUUGAUUUAAUGGAUUACAUCUGAAAAUAUUAUAUUUUAUUGAAUGAUAUAAAAUGUUUACAAUUCAUUUUAGCUAGAUCAGUUGACAUGUAUACGACUUCAUUACUGUAUGUAUGUAUUUUGUGUCUAUUCGUUGUUGUCACAAUGGCGGUUCUGUGUGCGUGUGUGCGUUCGUCCAGACUGAAUUCGUCCGGGCUGUAUCUUGACCAAGAACUAUAGGUUUUUCAGAGAGAAAACAACUUGCCAUGAAGUUCACCAUAAUGAGGUGGCGUGGCAUGCACAAGGCCGAGGUCUGUACCUCAAAGGUCACGGUAUAGGUUAGAGAUCAAAGGUUGAAAUGAUCCUUGUCUGGGCUGUAUCUUGACCAUGCAUUAUAGGAUUUUCAAAUAAACUUGUCUUAAGGUUCCCUAUAACAAGGCGACGUGUCGCGCACAAGACCCAGUUAUGUACCUCAACAAUCAAGAUCAAUAAUUAGAGGUCAAAGGUUGAAUAGAUCCUUGUACAGGCUGUAUCUUAUUCAUGCAUUAUAGGAGUUUUAGACAACUUGCUAUGAAUUUCGCCAUGAUGAAGUGGCCUGUUUUGCAUCGGACCUAGGUCUGUAUCUCAAAGGUCAAGGUUAGAGGUUAAAGGUUAAAAUGCUCCUUGUCUGGGCUAUAAAUUGACGUCGCAUUAUAGAUUUAAAGAAAAAACUUGCCAUGAAGGUUCACCAUGAUGAGGCGGCGUGUGUCGCACAAAAUCGUGGUCUGUAACUCAGAGGUCAAGGUCACGCUUAAAGGAUACAUAUUGAAAUGAUCCUUAACCAGGUUUUAUCUUAACCUUGCAUUAUAGGAUUUCAAAAAAAAAACUUGUCAUAAAGUUCACCAUGAUAUGAUGCAUAUGUGUCACGCACAAGACCCAUGCCAGUACCUCAAAGAUCAAGGUCAUACUUGGAGAUUAAAUGUACAAAUGAGUACUGUUGAUAGGUCUGGACUGAGCCAUAUCCGGGCUGUAUCUUUACCACGCAUUAUAGGAUUUUCAAAACAACUUUCCAUGGAUGUUCACCAUGCUGACACGUCGCAUGUAUAUGUAGUGACGGUGAAUUGCCGUCUAGUUGAUAUUGUUUAAUUUAUUUACAAAUAUUUACUUGAUUUUAAUAAAUGUAUGAGAUACUAUAUACUGUUUAGGGAGGUGCGAGUGUUCAGGUUUCAGUAGAUAGUAAAAUUUCUAUGUACCUGAUAGUUUCAUCUAUGUUGUAUGCAAUAUCUGUGGUAUAGUAAAUGUUACCUGAAUCAAAUUAAGUACGCUCUUAAAAGUGUACAUAGUUACUCAAAUCUGUUGAUAUGUAUAAAAUAAAUAUAUAAUAACCUUUUGUUUCGACAAAUACUAUGGGUCUGUAUGGUUGGUCAUUCAGGCUGAAUAUUUACAUAAAGCUGCCAUUGUUGAAGUCAUUUGUUUACAAUGAUUAUCUGCAGUAUUUCACCAAACAGUUUUUUAAUGGUCUUAUUCGAUUCAGGUAAGACUAUUACAAGAGUAUAUUGAAAUAUUUAGUUAUUUCCCUAAGGCCCCUAUAGUUUUAUAUUGGUCUGAUAAAGGGAUUUCAACAGAUAUGUGUUAAUAUAACUAUCAUGUCGGAAAAUAGCUCAGUCAUUGAGUUAAUGCUUAAUUAUUGUUAACACAAACCCGACUUUAAAUAACGAUUAUUGUAUCUUGUUUCUUGUCAUUAAAGAACAAUUGUUGUAGCUAUUAUGAAAAUAUAUAUACCCACACGAUCAUUUGAUAGAAACAUACGUUACUUGGGGUACACUUACAUUUCCAUUUUUUAAAUAAUCCAAAAUGUAUUUUAAUUAAUUGAUAACAUAAUGAUAUAUUGUGACUAUCCGAAGUAAGAUAGUUGCUGUAUACGCUUGUUGUAUAUGCUUGUUUCAUAUUAAUUAGUCUUAAUUUUGGUUAAUUAUUUAAUUUCGUAAUAUAUAUAUACAUUAAAUCAUUUGAAAACACUGUAUUGUUUAUGUAUUUGUCAACAUGGGUUAUGUACUUCAGGACAGUUUUUAUAAAUUAAUAUUGAUACGUAUUCACUUCCAAUCCAUAUCGACUGAAUGCAUUUUACAUGCCCACUUUCAUGUUCAAAUACACAGUACCCUAGUAAAGGUCAAGAACAAGAUUACCUCAUACUAGGUUGAUCAAGUCUCCAAGCCGAUAUGUACAUGUAGGAGUAAAUAUGCUAAUAUCAUAUAUAUAAAUGUUGAAGUAUCGUUUCUUAUGGACCGAUUGUUUUACUGUUUUCAUCAUAGUUGCACUAGUUACUGCAAAAACUACCCCAGUUAUAAAUCGAAGCCCGAUCGAGUUGUAUAAUUCAUGAUAAUAACCAGAGUAUCAAC